UCGCGUUCGUUCGUUUUUACCGCUCUCAUCCUUUCCGGACUGCCUAAACCGCACUCCUUCCAGAAGCUGCCCCCUCCGCCUCCAGGAGAGUUCGCCCUCGGCGCCUGCGCCCCGCCCUGCAGCACCUGCUCCGGCCGAGGUCACGCCGCCGGGUUGUUUAGAGGCGAAUGAAAACAGACCCACCAAAGGCUGUGGGACCGCCUUCGCCGCUGAGCGCGUUGACCCACUCGGCGCCCUGAACAAAAUGGAUGAAUGAGUGCGUGACUCCGGGCGGGGCCCACACGCCAGGAGAAAGCGCCUCGAGCGGAUCUCCGCGCACCGCCCUGGCACCCUCUGGACACGCCCUCCCACGAUCCCCCUGGUCGUCAGAGAACCCGAGCCGGGAGCGCCCAAGGCGAGGCAGCACAGACCGCAAGGAAGAUGCAGUCUUCCCAUUGGCCAAGACGACUCAAGGGGGAGCUGAAGGCUUUGGAAGAACGCUGACCUAGGGACAGCUCAAUGGCCUUGGGAGAAGAAAAGGCAGAGGUGGAAGCAUCCGUGGACACAGAAGCCCAGUCCUACAGGAGGUGGAGCUGUGGGGAGCGAGAGGUGGACACCCCAGGUCCUGCCCACGGGGAGCAGCACCCACGCCUGGAAGCUGAAGGAGGGCCCACCUCUCCUGUGUCCGGGGCAGAGGGGCUCCCCGCCCCUACCUGCCUCUCCGGAGCCUCCCAGCCUCACGCCAAUGACACCAACAGUGAGCUGGUAGCCGACGGGUCUAAGCCUGCUCUCCAGAGCCUGCCUCCUCCUCCCAGCAUGCUGACUGGAGACCUUCUGCACUGCGUGGGAAGCCAGAUGGAGACCAAGCUUCCUGCCUCCAAGGAGCUACCUCAGACUCCUAAUGUUCCUAGAACAGCUCUGUGCUCAGGACAUGAGGCUGACAUUGAAGAUGACCCAUCCCCUGUGGAUUCACCACGGGCGCUGGACCUCAGCCAACCACCUCGCAUCUCAGGUUUCCCUUUCCCCCCACAGUGGAAGUCAGUGGGGAGCCCGGGUACUGCCGCUCCUCAGCUUUCCAGCUGUAGUUUCUCUGCCUCCUCCACGGGCAGCAGUCUCCAGAGUCAACAGGAGAAGGCAGAGCCUCAAGGUCGCUCCCUUGCCAAGGUGUCCUCCUCCCUGGAGCUGGUAGUCCCCCAGGCCCCCACCUCCGUGGUAGGGCCAGGUCCUCGACCCCAGUGGUCGCCACAGCCCAUGCCCUCUGGGGUCGAUGCUGCUGGGCUGGGCAGGAGGCGCCUGUCCUUUCAGGCUGAGUACUGGGCCUGUGUGCUACCAGAUUCCCUGCCUCCUUCUCCUGACCGCCACUCCCCCCAUUGGAACCCAAAUAAGGAGUAUGAAGACUUGCUUGACUACACUUACCCACUGAGGCCCGGGCCUCAGCUCUCUAAGCACCUUGACGGCCACGUGCUGGCCGACCCCAUCCUGCAGGACUCAGGUAUAGACCUGGACAGCUUCUCUGUCUCCCCAGCAAGCACCCUCAAAUCACCCACUAAUAUCUCCCCCAAUCAUCCACCAGCAGAGGCUGCUGCCCUGCCAGUGUCUGGGCCCAGAGAGCCAGGCCUUAAGCAGUGGCCUUCUGGAGUACCCCAGAAGCAGGAUAGCCUGGGCUUGGUAUCUCAGAGCCAGCUGGCAUCUACCCCUAGAGCCCCAGCCAGUAGGGAUGCCCCUUGGGAGAGCAGAGAGCCAGCCCUGAGGGGCAAAAAAGACUGGCUGCCCACGGGCAAGCACCUUGAGAUGGGCUCUCCCCAGCUGAGGACGUGGGCCAGAGGGUGGCCCUCACCCAGGCAAGAGACAGAAAAGGGGGCCAGCCAGAGUGUCCGGCGCCCUGCCUAUGCAGAGUCCAGAUGGAAACCAGAAGAGACGGAGAGUGACGACGAGUAUCUCGCCCUGCCCACUCGGCUGACUCAGGUUUCGAGUUUGCUGUCGUAUAUAGGUUCCAUGCCCACCCUGGUGACUCUGCCCACUGGGGCUGCUGACGAGCAGAGUUCUCUGGAAGUGUCGGACAGUGAUGGGCCAGCUUCCCUCCCCUCAGACUCCAGCCAAAGCCAGCUUCCCUCUGGGGCUGCCCUGCAAGGGCCAGGCUGCCCUGAGGGCCAGGACCGCCGUUCCUUUCGCUCCUUCAUUCGUGCCCGGGACUCUGCAGGUGAAGGCAGUCUGUGCAGCAGCCAGGCCCGCAGGCCAUCCUCUGGACUGCUGAAAACACGCCCCUCCUUGCCUGCUGUGUCAGACCGGUGGCCGUUCUCAGACCCAGAUGCUGAAGAGCAGCUGCCCAAGAGGGCAGGAGGACAGGGGAAUGCCUCGCUGGUGCAGUGUGUGCAGACAUUUUGUUGUCAGCUGGAAGAGCUGAUCCACUGGUUGUGUACUUUGGCAGAUGUCACCGACCAGGGGACUCCACUCAGGCCCAAUCUAACAGGUCUCAAGUCAUCUCUGCAGCUUUACCGGCAAUUUAAGAAAGACAUAGAUGAACAUCAGACCCUGACAGAGAGUGUCUUACAGAAGGGGGAGAUCCUUCUUCAGUGCCUGUUGGAUAACACCCCAGUCUUAAAGGAUGUCCUUGGAAGGAUCGCAAAGCAAUCUGGGGAGCUGGAGAGCCAUGCAGACCGCCUCUAUGACUCUAUCUUAUCCUCUCUGGACACACUGGCCGGCUGCACCCUCAUCCCUGACAGUAAGCCAGUGGCAGCAAAGGAGCGCCCAUGUGAACGGCUUUAACCUGGCCUCUUCUCAGGCAGCGAUGCAGUCCAUCACCAAAACACUGGCUGGUGGGAAAGAGAACUUGUAAGAAGUCCUUGCCAGAGCCAAGGGGGAACUUAACUCCAAUAUACUAGCUUUAAAAUGCCUUUCUCCCCCUGAAGUAAGGGCUACUGAGUUACCGUUUUUAUUUACAGCAAAUCCUUCCAAACUAAGGUUUUCCUUUUGGUGCUUCUCUAUAAAGAGCAUGUGGCUUUGCAAUUUUUGAUGAAGUAAGACUUACGG